AUGAAGUCCAAGACUCCUACUCCCGUUAAGAUAAAGUCCAAGACUCCCACUCCCGUCAAGAUGAAGUCCACGACUCUUACCUCCAAGUCCCCUACCACGCAAAAACUUAAGUCUUCCACCCCGGAUAAGUCUAAGACUGGCUCGGCCAAAACUAAAGCGAGCGGUAUUAAACGUCGUCGUAAAAAGGUUGACACCGACUUCGACUCCGACACCGAUUCUAAAGAAGUAGAAACGACUAGUAAGAGUGAUACUAGUAACGAGACCACCGACUCUUUAUCUAAUGAGGAUAAAUACUCUAUUGCUACGAAGCUUGCUAUGGCUAAGAAGGCGGCAGCUUUAAAGAAGGAGAAGCAAGAACGUCGCAAGAAGCAGAAGCAAGAACGUCGCAAGAAGUCUAAGCUUUCCCCCAAAGGCAAGAAGUCCAAGAAGGCUUAA